UCUAUUGGAACUUAUAGUUAAAACCUAAACCGUGUGUGGUGUCAGCAAAUAAGUUAAUUAUUGAAAAUUAUUUAUUGACCUUGAAUUCCCAAUAAUAAAGGCAUGUUUUGUAUUCUGCUCUGGUUUGCAAUUAUAAGUUCUUCGAGUGCUUGGACGGAAAUAGGAGCAGAACAGAGUUCUGUUUUAUUUACCAGCUAUCCUGAUCAUCAGUGUGACAACAAAAAUGAUGAUGGUACAGAUAUCCACUGUUACGGAAAAGCUCUCUCAGAAAUUCCGAAAAAUUUAUCAACUUCCCUCAUCAAGUUGACCAUUACAGAUUGUAUCAUUGUGCACAUAAGUAAAAAUUCCUUCGAUCCAUACAGGGAACAAAUCAGAGAUAUAACACUAUCAAAUAUGCCUUAUCUCAGAGUAAUAGAGGAAGGAACGUUUGCCAACAUGACCGAAUUGAGGACCCUAUAUAUUUCGUAUGCUCCACAAGUGAGAUUUUUGUAUGGACUACUUAGAGGUGUUACUUCUACGACGUUUUAUUCAUUGAGAAUUGUUUGGACUCGUUUGACUGAAAUUCCAGAUUUGGUUGAUUUGCCUACAAACAAUACUAUGUUUUUGCUUAAACACAUGGCAGUGCCAUGUUAAGUACUAUGGAAGUAACUUAGCGAAGAAAAUGUCCCAAUGUCCCAAUACAUAAAUAUUAAUGGAGUUUUUUCCCAACACCAAACCGUUAUUUCAACACCUCGAUACGUUUUUCGAACACCAAGUGAUCAUCUUCAAGAGGAAGAUGAAACUAGACAUAUUUACAAUGUUAUUCUUAUUUAUACCAUAGAUACAUCUUCUAGGUACCUGCGUCUUAAGUGUCUUAAAUUAUUUUUAAC